GUGGCGAUAAAAAAACGAAUUACUUUGGGCGGCCUUAGCUCGGGCUCAGCCAGCGUUGGUUUGCAUCUGCUCAAUAAAGAAUCGUCAAAAUAUUUCAACCAAAUACUCGUCAUAAGUGGAGCACCGAACAGGUAUCAUACCUAUCAGAAGGGCGACCAUAAAUGUCUGAUUACGCAGUUUUACAAUAAAUUUUCUAAAGGUCAACCCAGUGAUAAGGAUCUGAUCAACUUUAUGAAAAAUGCAAAUGCCAGCGAAAUUCUUAAGUUCUUUAGUGAACAUUAUACACGGAAACGUACACCUUGGAAUUGGAUUGUCGAAAAAAAAAACGCAAUACGACCAAUUAUUAUAGAUGAAUCAAUGGCUGCAUUCGAGAAAACAAAGAAAAUAGACAAACCUGCAUACUAUACAGUCACAAGCUAUGAACAAUUAUCCCGAUUCAAUAUCGCUGGAACAGACUAUACAGAACCCAAUGCUGUUCGUCAAUAUAUCAACGAUUUCAAUGUUGAUUUACCAAUUUUCGGAUAUCGAUCCGUACUUGAUAGAAAACCUGACUACCUCAAACCUGUACUUAAAGAAUUCAAAGAUGCUUAUAUCAAAAUCAACGAUUCCACUACCGAGCAAGAUCUAUUAGUGCAACGUACGAUCUUGGACUCAGAUAUCUACUACACAUAUUGUAUUGAAAAAUGGAUUGAGCGACACGUCGCUAUUUCAACUAAAGACACCUUUUACCAUCGAUUUUCAGUGCAUACGGUAAAUAAUCGACAUCCAGAGUUUUCGUAUGAUUUUCCAAUUGCGGGCCAUGCCGACGAUAUGCCGUAUGCAUUCAGAGGCACCUUGUUUUAUAACCCAAAAACUGUAUGGGAAAAGAAGGAUUCUGAUAAGGACCAUGCAUUAGCUUUUAAAAUAAUGAAUGUGAUGCAAAAACUAUUCACUAACUUCAUAAAACAUGGAAAACCUGUACAUAAUGGUGAUCCAAUGCCGGAAUCUAGGGGGCAGACACCUAUGAAUCCAGUGUGAAUUAUUUGAUUUCUAUGAAAUCUUUAAUUCUUGCGAUUUCGGUGAUUUCUCGAUUCCAAACCUCAAUAUUGGACAUAAAAUACACUUAUAUACAAAGCUAAUUUCACUGUGGUAGUGUGCGCCUAUAGUAGAAGUCGUACACAUAGUGUGUGUGAGGUACAAUAUACACAACAUUUGACAGAAAUCAAAGAAAUCACAAAAAUUGAAUUCUGCGAUUUCUGUGAUUUUAAUGAUUUUAAUGAUUUUUGUGAUUUCUGUGAGUUUUGAUUCCACGUGUCUACCCCCUAGGCCGGAAUUCAAACCAAUUAAACGAUCAAGCAAAGCAGAUCAAUUUGAUUUUGUUGAUGUGACAAAUUCCGGUUUAUUUCCACGCAAAUCAGUGACUGAAGGUAGAACGAAGUUUUUGGAUCAAAUAAUCAAAAAAGUGAAGGAAUUGGUUAAAGAGCAUGGGGAUGAACCUAAGAAAACACAAAUCGAACAGCUGUGCGAUGUACUGAAGGCUAAAGCUAAUCAGGCAACAAGCUCGAGAAAAUAGAACCACAGAUCCACGAAUCGAUCACUGAUUAGAUCGAUUCUCCUUCUAUUCGACAUCAUAUACAGGAU